GCGCACUUUUAUUUGUAUUUAAUUUUUUUUUUUCUCGUAGUGGUGGGGGAGGUGAUUGGGUGGCUGACUGGCUGCGGGAAGCUGCUUCCUUUCCCUUUGGAGAUGAUUGUGCUAUUAUUUGCCUUGCUCUGGAUGGUGGAAGGAGUCUUUUCCCAGCUUCACUACACGGUGCAGGAGGAGCAGGAACAUGGCACUUUCGUGGGGAAUAUCGCUGAAGAUCUGGGCUUGGACAUUACAAAACUUUCGGCUCGCAGGUUCCAGACGGUGCCCAAUUCUCGGACCCCGUACUUGGACCUCAACCUGGAGACCGGGGUGCUCUACGUGAACGAGAAGAUAGACCGCGAGCAAAUCUGCAAGCAGAGCCCGUCCUGCGUCCUGCACCUGGAGGUGUUCCUGGAGAACCCCUUGGAACUGUUCCGGGUGGAGAUCGAAGUGCUGGACAUCAAUGACAACCCCCCCUCCUUCCCGGAGCCGGACCUGACCGUGGAGAUCUCCGAGAGCGCCACACCAGGCACCCGCUUCCCUUUGGAGAGCGCAUUCGACCCAGACGUGGGCACCAACUCCUUGCGAGACUACGAGAUCACCCCCAACAGCUACUUCUCCCUGGACGUGCAGACCCAGGGGGAUGGCAACCGAUUCGCCGAACUGGUGCUGGAGAAGCCGCUGGACCGAGAGCAGCAGGCGGUGCACCGCUACGUGCUGACCGCGGUGGACGGGGGAGGAGGGGGAGGAGGAGGUGAAGGAGGGGGAGGCGGCGGGGGAGGGGGCCUGCCCCCCCAGCAGCAGCGCACAGGCACGGCACUACUCACCAUCCGAGUGCUAGACUCCAACGACAAUGUGCCCGCCUUCGACCAACCCGUCUACACUGUGUCCCUCCCAGAGAACUCGCCGCCGGGCACGCUGGUGAUCCAGCUCAACGCCACAGACCCAGACGAGGGCCAGAAUGGCGAGGUCGUGUACUCCUUCAGCAGCCACAUUUCGCCCCGGGCGCGGGAGCUCUUCGGACUCUCCCCGCGCACAGGCCGGCUGGAGGUGAGCGGCGAGCUGGACUACGAAGAGAGCCCGGUGUACCAAGUGUACGUACAAGCCAAGGACCUGGGCCCCAACGCCGUGCCGGCACACUGCAAGGUGCUCGUGCGAGUGCUGGAUGCUAACGACAACGCGCCGGAGAUCAGCUUCAGCACCGUAAAGGAGGCGGUGAGCGAGGGCGCGGCGCCCGGCACGGUGGUGGCCCUGUUCAGCGUGACCGACCGCGACUCGGAGGAGAAUGGGCAGGUGCAGUGCGAGCUGCUGGGGGAUGUGCCGUUCCGCCUCAAGUCUUCCUUCAAGAACUACUACACCAUCGUGACCGAGGCGCCCCUGGACCGCGAGGCGGGGGACUCCUACACCCUGACCGUGGUGGCUCGGGACCGGGGCGAGCCGGCGCUCUCCACCAGUAAAUCGAUCCAGGUGCAAGUGUCAGAUGUGAACGACAACGCACCGCGGUUCAACCAGCCGGUCUACGACGUGUAUGUGACAGAGAACAACGUUCCGGGCGCCUACAUCUACGCGGUGAGCGCCACGGACCGCGACGAGGGCGCCAACGCCCAACUAUCCUACUCGAUCCUCGAGUGCCAGAUCCAGGGCAUGAGCGUCUUCACUUACGUUUCCAUCAACUCCGAGAACGGCUACCUGUACGCCCUGCGCUCCUUCGACUACGAGCAGCUCAAGGACUUCAGCUUUCAGGUGGAAGCCCGGGAUGCCGGCAGUCCCCAGGCAUUGGCUGGCAACGCCACAGUCAACAUCCUCAUCGUGGAUCAGAACGACAACGCCCCUGCCAUCGUGGCGCCCCUGCCGGGACGCAACGGGACGCCAGCGCGCGAGGUGCUGCCCCGCUCGGCGGAGCCCGGUUACCUGCUGACUCGUGUGGCCGCAGUGGACGCAGACGACGGCGAGAACGCCCGGCUCACCUACAGCAUUGUGCGGGGCAACGAAAUGAACCUCUUCCGCAUGGACUGGCGCACCGGGGAGCUCCGCACAGCGCGCCGGGUGCCGGCCAAGCGCGACCCCCAGCGGCCUUACGAGCUGGUGAUCGAGGUGCGCGACCACGGGCAGCCGCCUCUGUCCUCCACCGCCACCCUGAUGGUGCAGCUGGUGGACGGCGCAGUCGAGCCCCAAGGCGGGGGCGGGGGCGGUGGCGGGGGGUCAGGGGAGCACCAGCGCCCCAGCCGCUCCGGCGGCGGGGAGACCUCGCUGGACCUUACCCUCAUCCUCAUCAUCGCCCUGGGUUCGGUGUCCUUCAUCUUCCUGCUGGCCAUGAUCGUGCUGGCCGUGCGUUGCCAAAAAGAGAAGAAGCUCAACAUCUACACGUGUCUGGCCAGCGAUUGCUGCCUCUGCUGCUGCUGUGGCGGCGGGGGCUCGACCUGCUGCGGCCGGCAAGCGCGGGCGCGCAAGAAGAAACUCAGCAAGUCUGACAUCAUGCUGGUGCAGAGUUCCAACGUACCCAGCAACCCGGCCCAAGUGCCGGUGGAGGAGUCCGGGGGCUUUGGCUCCCACCACCACAACCAGAAUUACUGCUACCAGGUCUGCCUGACCCCUGAGUCCGCCAAGACCGACCUGAUGUUCCUUAAGCCCUGCAGCCCUUCUCGGAGUACGGACACUGAGCACAACCCCUGUGGGGCCAUCGUCACCGGCUACACCGACCAGCAGCCCGACAUCAUCUCCAACGGAAGCAUUUUGUCCAACGAGACUAAACACCAGAGAGCAGAGCUCAGCUAUCUAGUUGACAGACCUCGCCGCGUUAACAGUUCUGCAUUCCAGGAAGCUGACAUAGUGAGCUCCAAGGACAGCGGUCAUGGAGACAGUGAGCAGGGAGACAGCGACCACGAUGCCACCAACCGUGGCCAGUCAGCUGGUAUGGAUCUCUUCUCCAACUGCACCGAGGAGUGUAAAGCCCUCGGCCACUCAGACCGGUGCUGGAUGCCUUCUUUUGUCCCUUCUGAUGGACGCCAGGCUGCUGAUUACCGCAGCAAUCUGCACGUUCCCGGCAUGGACUCUGUUCCAGACACCGAGGUGUUUGAGACUCCGGAAGCCCAGCCUGGGGCGGAGCGGUCCUUCUCCACCUUUGGCAAGGAGAAGGCCCUUCACAGCACCCUGGAGAGGAAGGAGCUGGAUGGACUGCUGUCUAAUACACGAGCGCCUUACAAACCACCAUAUUUGACACGGAAAAGGAUAUGCUAGUCAAUUCUACAGGACUUCCCUGAAGCAGCAUGAUUUGCACAAAGUCGACCAACAAAAGCAUCAACUUUUCAACUUCAUUAUCUUGGCCAUCCAGUUAGUUGUGUGUAACUGAGUAGUCGAUCGCCCCCGCAGUCAUCGUGGCCAAUUAGAGGACCUCUUUGCUCUCAGCAGGCCUGAGAAAUGAGUUGAAAUGUGCAGAACUGUAGAAACUUUGGGCAACGGAUUUUGCCUCUCCGAUCAGUGUGUGCCUGUUUACAGCACUAUCUAUCUUACUCUCUCCAAAUGUCACUGAGCCCUUUCAUGUUUAUAUUC